UGAAUGUCUCGUUUGUUGGAUAUAAUUUAAGAGUUGACAAAGAUUUUUCAGCGAUAAUAUUCGAAAAUAUGGCGUUUGCAUUGGUGAAUUUUUACAACGAAAUUACAUGGGAUAUCAUUCCAUGUUCUAACAUCAUUUUUUAGGAUGAAAAUAUGUUGAAAGACAAAGAUGAACUUAAAGGAUUCAAAACGUUACCAUGUGGGAGAUGGAAAAACAAAGGGAAACGGCAAGUCGAGGAAAUUUCCUGCAGAGAUAAUAGAGGUUUCAGAUAGUAAAGAUUAUUUACUCAAGACAAUGAGAAAAGAAGAAACUUUCUCUAUAAAUACUGGCAAAGGGUGUCGCAAAAGAAUUCACAAAGCAAAGUUUACAAUUAAAAGUGUUAGUGAAUCAGAUGAUGUGCAGGAGCACAGUAUUCCUAAAAAGCUAAAGGCAUCCAGGGCAAAGAAAACAGAGGCUUUCUGCUCAGCCAGUCUUGCUUCACUUAUAAAAGAGCGAUUAACCAAGGAGAGUCAGUUAGAUGAAGGUAGUGCACUUUGCAAUGAUAAAUGCAAGUAUAAAAAAGAAGCCUUGGAACUCAAAGAGAGGGUAAAAAUGCUGGAAAAUCAGAUCAAAAGACUUAAUGAGCAAAUUGACAAUGGCAAUGGGUUGUACCAACUUUUUGCAAGUACCUUUAAAGCAUAUGUUGGCCAUAGACAAAGAACUAAUAAUGUUGAUAAUGGUUGUGAAAAUGGUGAUGUUCCCGGCGAUGGAGAAGAUGUUGUAAAUAAUGAUGUUGAUGAUGAUGGUAAUUCUGGGAAUGUAUUUUGUGGACGAGACGGAACAGUUAAUGAAGGUGACGGACACCUUGUAACAGAAAACGCCGUGCCUAAGAAAGUUGAUAAAGAACACAGGAAGGGAAGAAGUAACAACAAAAGAAAAAGAAAAGAGGCAAAGUCCAGUGACAGAAAAAGUGUGUCUUGUGCAAAGAAAAGAGCUAGUCAUUUGACAUCCUAUGACAAAUGUAAAGCCUUCCUUUGUCAAGAACCAUCUUCCAAAGAUAAUGGAAUGGUGGAUUGGGUGUUGUGUGAUGUUUGUCAACAAUGGUACCAUUGGGAUUGCGUUGGCAUUACGACGAAGCCGAAAGGAAAAUUUGAUUGCGGAUGCAAUGUAUCUUACUUUACUCAUGGAUCUGCGAAAACAUUUGACAUAAAUACAAAGGGAAAUUGCUCAUUCAGAGGAUUAAAGACACAUUUAACAAAAAUCGUCAACGGUACCAUACUCAGUAAACGCCACAGGUUAUUUAAGCAAAUGAUCCGUGGGCAAAAUCAAGCUCAGACUGAACUCACCGAUCUCUACAUGACGUGUCCUUUAACUCGAACUCAAGCAAAAGAUCUGUUGAAUGUAGUCAAAGAAAUAGUCACAGAUAUUUUUCGAUCCUUUGAUGAAACAAAUUCAAUGAACAUCAACUACAUGUAGAACGUUUAUUCCCUGAGGCCUGCAUAUAUUGUAUACGAAAAACUGAGCGUUGUCUCCGAAAUAACGCUGAAAAAAUUUAUAAUUGUCGAGUGGAGUUCAAGACGGUGCAGACUCUGAAAGUGACUAACCUUGUUGUCUACCGAAGCACCUGAAAGCUGUAGUGGAUCUUGUAAAAAUUUGAGGUGACUUGACAAUGUAUCAUACUGAUUUACUCUUAUCAUUCAAUUUUGUCUAAACAUACUAUUGACGAUUAACUAGCGCUGUUUUUAGUUUAGGUUAAUGAGAUUUUCUUUUUAGCUAAGUUCUACUACUUUAUCAAAAAUAAUGAAUUCUUGUACAGGAAACAAUUAUACUUCAAUUUUGUCUACAUUUAAAAUAAAAGAUGACUUUAAUUACAACUACAAGACGUAGAAAAGAAAUAUGUCAAACAGAGUCAAGUUAACGAUUAAUUGAACUGGUGACUAAGUUGGGCCAAUUUAUAGAUAUAUUUCAUAUCAAAGUUAGUUAUAAAUCAAAAUAGUUACCUC